AUGGAGCAAAUACCACGUUUAUCUGAUGAUGUUCUCUAUAUUAUUUCUGAAAAAUUACUUUUUAAAAAUCGCUAUGGGGAUAUUGAUCUGCGAAGUAAAAUUGCAAAUCCUUAUGCGCUUUUUAUGUUUCACAGUGUAAGAAAUAUGAGAGGUUUUCUUUUUCAAUUUUCUAAAAUGAAGCAUCUUGAUCUUUCAAUUUGUAACAAUGAUUGUUUUAUUAAAUUUUACAAAGACGUAAUACCUGACUGUAUUGUGAGUGUGUUGUUUUUAUUUUCCUUUCUGGAAAUAAUUUCAAAAUUUAAAUUAUUGCCAGCUCUGUAA